UGCUGGGUUUGCCGAGGUGCUAUCUUAUCCCCUGAAGAUAAUUCUCGUAGUUUCCCGUCAAUCAAUGCACUACACUUGUUGAGCACCACCGCCAUCGCCUGGCUCUGCGGUUGGAAAGUAACUUUAGUAAUCCCCUUUCUUCAUUUAAUCUCUAGCCAAAAUGCAGUCCCUUCUACGAUGGAGUGUCGAAAACUCGGGGAACUCAUCUGCUCCAUCACAACGAACAGACGUCGACCCGGGGCUCGUAGACUACAUUCUAGGGAAGCCUGAUGCACAGCUGAUGAAAGAAGCAAUUCAAAUCGCCACGGACCCAUCCAAAGACGAGGACACACGGAUCACUGCUUUGGAUGACCUUGAAAUGCUCGUGGAGAGUAUCGAUAAUGCCAACGAUCUAAAGAAGCUAAACAUGUGGGAACCCCUGCAUGGUCUUUUGAGCACGGCGAGCACAACGGACCCACUUAAGAUGCAGACUCUGUGGGUAAUAGGAACCGCAGUACAAAAUAAUCCCGCAGCCCAGCUUACAUAUUUGGCUCUUGAUCCGCUGCCUGUGAUACUAUCCUCACUGUCCCCGUCCACUAACUCCGCAAAAACCCGCUCGAAAGCCAUGUAUGCACUAUCCGGCCUGCUCAAGCAUAAUGCACAAGCAGUCCGUCAAUUAAAUACGACGGGCGGAUGGCUUACUUUUCGCACUGCGUUGGAAGAUUCAGACGUUAAUGUUCGACGCAAGGCAGCGUUUCUCCUCAACACUCUGCUGAUGCCGACGACUGCGGGGACGUUUGACGGUCCUUCCCGAAUGCAUACACCUCAGAGUGCGAGUGCGCCGGUGCACCCAAACUCGCAUGCAUCAAUGGCCUCGGAUCCAGAGUCAGCGUCGACUACAGCUGCUACAAUGGAAGCAUUGCAAAAGGAAUGCAAGUCCGAGGGCUCAUCACUGAUGGAUGCUUUGAUCUCCGCACUAGCAGACCCCGUACCAUUCGGGGCAGAUGGAGAAUGGGAGAGAGACACGGAAUUCCAAGAGAAUCUCGUUAGAAUACUACACACCUUUUCCGUGCAGUGCGGCGGGACGUUCUCUGAUGCUCAGAGACACGCGCUGCGCGGCUUUUUUGGUGGUGCCGAGCGAUCAGGCGACUCGCUCGGGCUAAGUAGAGAAGAGUUUACUCAACUGAAGAGUGCGAUCGCGUGAAUGAUGCGCUUCGCUAUACGACUUUGGAACUGGCUGCGAUGAUUCGAGUUGGCUGGAUGAUAGGUUUCGUUUCAUACUUAGGAAUGCCCGUAGUAGUACAUACAAUAUUGCCCCCUCGGUGCAAAUUGAUAUAUUGAAGGGUC